GAAGAGGUAAAAAGAUCGUCUGCUUCUAACAGUUUUAGCCUCGAUGUCACCACCGCAACCAACCAUGCAGAAACCAAUUGUAUUUGAACAGGAUGAAGUUCCCAGGAGUAGAUCAACCAAGAAGAUCUGUAUCAUUGCCUCUACAGUUAUCUUGGUAGUUGUUAUUGCAGCAGCUACUACAUUUGGUGCUAUAGCUUACAACAAUCACUUAUUCUACAAAGAGAAAUACGACACCAAAGCCAAUGUUGAUGGUAUCGAGCUUCCUGAACAUAUUCGUGUUGACUAUAAAAAUGAAAUUAUCUAUGUGACCAAUGAAAAGAAUGGACCAGUUGAUGCUCUGAAUGCCCUCCACAAUUAUGAAAGAAAAUUGUUAGCUUUUAAUGAUUUGACUGCCAAUAAAUGUUUCAUCGAUGUUUUGGACGACACAUUUGAUGAAGGUUUGAAGAGAUGGGCCUCCCAUGCUGGAAAAGUUAGGAAUCCAAAGAAAUUUACUUUUGAAUACCCCAGUGAACCCAUUCGUCCUGAAAUCUUGAGAAAGUUUGGUGGUGAUGUUAUUGCUGAUCAUUGUAAAAAUGUCACCUCCCAUUGGGUAAUCCGAGACGUUCCAGUCGUUGAAAAUAGCCGAAACAAACGACGAGCAAUGGCCCUUCAAGCAGCUUUCUGUUGUGAACCAUGCAAAAGCGGGCGUACAAUGCGAGCUUAAACUACAAAACAAUUCCACGUACACAGAAACUCAGGAAUUCCAAAACAAUCUGAUAUCUAUUAACAUCUAUAUAUAAAAACGCCAACGAUUUACUGAACAGGAUUACGCAAUUGAUAAACGAUUUUAUUUAAAUGAGAUGUGAAUGAGUAAAAGAGAAUAGUGUAUUAGAUGUGCGAAAUUUAUUAAGUUAAAUUCGGGAUAAUGGCCUAAAUGUGAUUAAACUAAUUUGAAUGUACGUUAUCACAUAUAUCACCAACAAUUUAAUAACUGUAUUCUCGAUUGUCACAAAAACAAUUUUGGUAUCAUUUUAUUGGGGAUUAUUCGAAAUUUGUAUGAUUUGAUAUAUACCUUAGAUCUUUCUUUUUUUAACCCAUACUUGUAUUUUAUAUGUAUCCACCAUUUACCUUUUGUAUGAAUGUUUUGUUGAUAAUAAAAUUCAAAACUGAUAU